CACAUGGUACGUGAUUUCUUUAAUUCUAUAAAAUUAUGUUAGUUUGAGAUAGCAAUUGGAUUGAGAGCCCUGUAAUCAAAUGCGUAUUGUUCCUUUAAUCAAAGGGAGAGUCCAAUGAACACAACAGCUGUCUUGGUAGUUGUUUUAUUUUUCUUCCCUCGAGCCUUUUCCCUAAAUAAUGAUAUAUUUUGACACUAGCUAUUCUAUAUUUGGAUUUCUUGUUGUGUUGCUCUGGAGAGAAAGAAAAUAAAUAUAGCUUUGCUAUUUUUUUCCCUGUUUACUGAUGGCUGUGUUUUUAUAGCACACUGUAUGUGUGGGUUUCUAUUUUCCUCGGCAUAGCUCUAACAGGCACAUGAUACAACCAGGGGUUUUGCUCUUUAUCAUGACUGGAUUAAACGGAGAGAGGUUGGAACAUGAGCUUCAUCCAGAAGAUCAAGUUCUCAAGUUGGAGCAGGAAGCAGUCCUAGCUACACCAGGGAUAGGAUCCAAUCUCCCAUUGUUCCAGCUCAGACUCACAUGGUCUACACAGCAUAAAAAUGUUCUCCCCUGUGACAGGAAACAGCCAGCCUUCUUCUGGACUUGGUGGAUUGAAUGAAGAAAAACAGUUCAGCCCCUACAGCUUCCAUUCUUCCCCUGAGAAGGACUGCCACAUUUCUUGUCAUUCCAAAGGAGACCGCACCUCUGACACUUCUAGUUCUUCAUACCGUACUCCGCCAGGCUCGGAGGAAACAGAGAGCUUUAAGGACUGUACUGAGGACUUUGAAGAAACUGGAGAUCAUAUUAAGCCAUGCACUUACUGUGACUUAUAUGAACAAGGAAGUAUAGCACCGGCAACAUCGAUCAUCUCCGAGGCUCCAAGAAGCCCUGCUGAUGGAAGCAAGAUGUCCAAGAUUACAGUCAGUCAACUCUGCGGGACUCUGAAUAGUUUCAGUAAUGUCUCACACGAAGACCCAUAUGGUGCAAACAGCAAAGGGAAAGGGGAUACUUAUGCUGCUACAUCUGGAGGAGCUCAAGCAUGUUUCCCACCCCACAGGAGUGAGACUUUGGGAGACCCGUUGCCAUUCCAAGAGGCAAGAGUGCAGAACCUGCAGGCAAACCACAGUGGGACUAUUAAAGAUCAGCCCUGCAGAGACAAACUCUGUUCCAGUAGUAAGGAAAGCCAACAGGUUCAGAUGUCAAUCACAGCUAAGAAUAGCGCAGACCCAGUAUACAGUGGCAGAAUGGGCCUCGCCACACGAAGGCUGCAGCCAGGAGACAGCGGACCUAAAUAUUUGGAUCAGCCUGCACAAUUGAGUUCCGAUAAAUCCAAGGAAAUGUUAUCAAAUGUCCGCAAGCUGAAGAAAAACAGCCUUGGCAGUCGGACUCAUGGCCUUGUAAGUAGCAAAGCAGCAUGUCCCAAAUAUUUUGUUGAAAAUCCAAGUUUUCUGAGUGACUCUGAUGAGGCUGAUAAUGAAGUAGAGAAGCUCACUGCUCUGUCUUUCCAGAGCCUCUCGUGUCCCCAGGGCAGUUACCUAGAUAUGUAUAGUUCUAGUAACAGGACAUCAUCCAGCUUGUCUAAUUCCUUGCCAGAAGAUUGUAAUGGAAUCAACAGGUGGCCUGCAUGCAGCGAUCAAAGGAAAACAGUGGUAGCUGGACACUCUAAAGGAGGCCGGCAAUUCUCGGGAGCUAGUAAAGCCCCAGAAACAGAACUGCUCAGUGGUAUGUUGGGAAAGGAGCACUUUGAAUGCAUCGAUGUCACCCUAGAUAAUGCUGAUGGCAAAAAGACCCUCUCUAAAAAGAGAAUGGUGCCCAAACGCCAGAUCCAGUUGAGACGGAAGGAGAAGAAGGAGAUGGGCUUCUGUCCUGCUGGAGAAUGUGCCACCCUCCAGGCAAGGAACCAAGGAACCCAAGCCAGGAAAGAGUCGUGUGCGAAAGCGAGGAGUAUCAGUGAUGAGUUUAGGAUCAAUUACAAACAAUUUCUGAAAGCAGCCUCUUUAAACAAUGCUUACAACAAAACUAGGCUUGCUUCAAGCUUGGUGAGAAAUGUAUUGGCUAAAAAAAUGCAGUAUGAACAAAGAAUUAAAAUGGAACAAGCAUCUAUCCAGGGCAGCUCAACCUCUUCUGUCCCUUCCUCUGUAAGUACUGAUAUCCAGGGGGACAGUUUAGAAGGCAAAUCAAGUUCCUUGUCCAAGUCAGACUGCAGCUUUUCAACUGAAGAUAUGCAAAGUCAUUCCACUACCAGCGAGAAGUCUGAAUCCAUUGCACUGAGCAAGGAUGACAGCAUGGAUGCCUUGAGACCAACCAAGGGAGUUGUACUCAAUGAGCAACUAAGGGAAAAGGUUUGCAAACUGAAAACAACAUUUAAUGAACUGAAUGAGAGGAUGAAAUAUCAAGAAGCCACUCAGCUGAAGAGGCUCCCGAUCUUGGCAGAGGGUGGUGUGAAUAUGACAGAAUCAAGCAACAACAGGAAGCAGGUUUCUGGGGAAAGAAAAGAAUACAAGAGAGCGCGAGCUGUGUUUGAGUCUAUGCAAUCUGAUAUAAAAUGCUUAGCUCCCGUGCCAAAAUUUGCAAAGCCACAAAAGCCUUGGCCAAACUUGAAGCAACGAGCUAUUCGUCAGAACAUGCAUACCUUGACAAAAGAGGAAAUGUUUCCCAUUAAGCCUAAAAACCUCAUAGUACCCAGAGAUGCUUCAAGGAACAUCUUCACAUCGAAAACCAAAGAAAUGAAACUCAUCCCUCAGAGCAAGAAGGAGCACAAUAUUCCUCAUGCUUCUAGGCGCCCACCUUUGGACAGAGUUUCCAGUGAGAGGAGGUUGCCUACAUUUCAGAGCAUGAAACUUUCAUCUGUUUCAUUUCCAUCUUCUGGCAAGACACACUGUGAAAAAACAAACUGCUUGAAAACAGAGGAAUCUACUCAAAUAGAAAGCAAAGGGAAGAUAAGAACACAUCCUCCCAGAGAUGUCAGAAAAUUGGUGAGUGACAGUUACAACCUUGCUUUGAAAUCCUCAGACAGCUCCAGUGCAGACCAGGCUUCCUAUUCAGAAAGCAAGAGUGAAAACAACUUAACUGUAUUGCCAAGGGACUCAAUGGCCAUCUCACCUCUAUUCAUACAUUGUACCUCAAUAUGUCGGAAAGAUGAAUCACCAACAGUAAACCCUCUGCCGGAGAAAAAGCAAGACCAAAUGGAGGACCUUGAUGUGUCAACACUUUCUCUACAUGAUGAGAGCACAAGCAGCAGAGAAUCCACUGACAGUUUACACCCCACUGGACAAUCACAUGGAAACAAAACUGCAUGUCAUCCAGAAAAGAAAGGCUCUGCAGUGGGCGAAUCUCCAGUGCAUAUCACUACAAUUCAGUCAAAGAAGCUUGUUACUGAAAAUAAAGACUUCUCAUCCCAGGCUGAAAAUAAAUCAGUACCUUAUGAGCGAAGUGAAUUAAAUGUCAGACCUUCUUCAGCUUCCAAAAAAGAGUCUCAACUCAAUAUCAAAGUCAACAGUUCUGUCACCAAACAGUCACACAAAACAGAGACUGAUUAUUUCCCUGCUUCAAGUUGUUCCACACUUGAUGACAGGACUGUAAAAGAAGGAUUGAUACAGUCUAAUAAUAACAUGUUGAGAGAAAACAAAGCCGUGGCUUCAUCAGAGACCACUGCAAUACCACCUACUGCAUGUCUUCAGGAAAUCACAAGAAGAGAUCAUGGUUCUGUGACCACAAGCCAUAUUCCGGAGCCUUGCAAAGCCCAAGAAGCUGGACUGUCCUAUCCAAAACAUUUAUCCAGUGAGGUCUUUUCAGUGUCUCCUAGAGAUAGUAAAGAUUCAUCUAGUUUUUUGAAAGAAGAAAAUACAUUCUCUAGAUAUGCUCCAUCCCAUGAGAGCUGCAGAGACCCACAAACUGCCAGGCCUCCAACAACAAGCACCCACAAUAUUCAGACACAGACUCUAGCAAGUCACCAUUUUGUUGACAGUGCAUCUGAAACUAAAGGACAGGAAGAUGCCAAGCCCUUCGAGAGGCACAACAAAAUACACUCGGAAUACAUUUCAGACAGCCCACUAACAACAAAGGAAUAUAGUGAAGGAGUUAAAGUGAUAUCAAACUCAUCUUUUACACCAUCUGCCUCUUGUAGAAAACUCCCUGAUCCAGGGUGUGAUUAUUUUAAUAAUAAGCAUCAGACAACAAAUGAACAGUAUUUUUCAGCCACCCAAGCUGACAACACAAAUUACUUAACAAUUCCUGUGAAAGCCCAUCAACCUGAGGAACCCAUUAAACAACCUCUGCCUUUGUCUACGGAUAAUGCCUCUUUCCCUUUUAAUGUCUCUUCCCAGCACACUGGAGAAGCACCAGGAAAUAAAAUAAACAAUGAGUUUUACCCACCUAAACAAAUGGAAAGGAAAGCAACUUCUGAUAAUAUUUUGUAUCCUCAUAACUCAAGCCAUGGGCCACUUCCCUCAAGACUUGAAGAAUCUCCCAGCUUCACAAGAAGAAAUGAAAGAACUUCGCCAUGUGGUAAGAGUGCCCCAAGUCCAACCAGACACUAUGCUGCACCACCACUUCAAGCGCAUCGCAAAAUGUUAGUUGACCCAGAGAGUGGGAAAUGCUAUUAUAUGGAAUCACCAAGGCAGCCUCAGUUGAAAAUGCUUUAUGAUCCGGAGACAGGGCAAUACAUUGAAGUGUUGAUACCACCAGUCCCACUAUCACCACACAGUGGGCUUUAUCAGUCUCCAUUCCCACCAAUGGCCAUGAAUGCAGGAGGUUAUGGACCACCGUACAUGUCGUAUUCUGGGUUUCCAGGUUUUCCCCCUCCCCCUCCAGCCGCACCAGCUGCCCAUCUGGACCUUCAAGACCAACCACCUCUUCAAGACAAUCCAAAUGUCAGUGAAAAUUUCAACCAUUUUUCAAAGAAUGAAGCUCCUCCGCCUGCCCAGACUGCUGAUGGCAACUACAUGGAAAGUUUGUAUUAUAUUCCCACCGGGAUGAAUUCAAGUCCUAAUCCUAAUCAAGCUUUGUUUUCCCCAGCCACAAAUUCUGGCCCUUCUGUGCCUGAAAAGGGAUCUUUCUUUAGGAUGUGACAUUCAUUUUAACAACAUCUGGGAAGAAACUAUUUUUAUAUUUCAGAUCAUUCUUUUCCCCCCUUUUUAAGGGUCAAGACACACCUCAUUCCUUGGAAGCUGGAAAACAGGAAUACCAGAAAAAGGGAAACUUGGUUGC